UUCCGACAUCAGUGCCUGAAAAUGGAGAACUCACACCUGAACACCAGUGAAAACGCUACGAUGGUGGUACAAGUGCCGCUCAUCAAGACAGCCCAUGACAUACUACUUGUGAUACUUUUGGUCGCUGUCAUGUUUGCCAUGGGAUGCCAUAUCACGUGGGAGCAGUUAUGGCUCCACGUAAGGCGGCCUAUUGGUAUCGUCAUUGGGAUGUGCAGUCAGUUCGUCCUAUUACCAUUAUCGGCAUUUUGUCUCAUCAAAGUCCUGAAACUGGGAAUUCUCCAUGCAACAGGUCUUCUAUUGUUAGCUUGCAGUCCAGGUGGGGUUACUUCAAAUAUAUUUACUUAUUUCUGUGACGGAGAUAUAUCGCUUAGUAUAGCGAUGACGACAUGCUCGACAUUGGUGGCACUUGGAAUGAUGCCUCUAAAUUUAUACAUGUAUGGGCAGAAUCUUAAUCGAGAAGAUGUAGUCAUUCCUUAUGGCAAGAUGGCUCUCUCCCUGGUAGCAGUGACAUGUCCAGUCUUGGUGGGAAUGCUUGUCCACUGGAAAUGGCCAAAACUCGCCGGCUAUCUCACAAAGAUUGGUAGCUAUGCAGGACUUCUCAUCAUCGUCGUUUGUCAAACAAUGGAGUUCUUCAUCUUCCCUAACAUUUUCGCGAAUGUACCAUGGCAGCUGUAUUUUGCCGUAGUAAUACUACCUUGUUUGGGAUUUUCACUUGGUUACGUUUCUGGGUGGGUCUGCAGACAAAAGCCUCAAGUCCGAAGAACUAUUUCCAUCGAAUCAGGAGUGCAGAAUGUGGGAACAGCUCUCACAGUAGCUUCCCUCUCUUUCCCAUUUGAAAAUCUUGAGAAGGUACUUCUGUUUCCAUGGUUAUAUGCUUUCUCCAUGACAGGAGUGUGCAUCAUAAUCUCAGCUUUAUACCAGCUGUAUGUACGACAGUGUAAUAUGUCCAAAUCUGUUGAAACUCUGCCAGUUGAAAGAGAAGUGAGUGCAGUGAGAUAUGCAGAAGAAGGAGGAAAAUCAAAUUCAGCAUAUGUUGGGGAUUCCACCAAAAUGUGAUAAAGAAAAUUUUGAAGAUACAGACAAUGCAACAAUUUUGUGGCUUGGAAACAAGUUCCUGUUUGCAAGUGCAUACAAUCUGGAAGGUUUUCAACUAUCAUUCAGAGUAAUGAGCAUAUAAUUCCAUACUAGAAAAUCCAGUAUUAAAGCUAAAUAGCUAUAUUGAAAAUAGCAUGACUACUUUACCAGUUAAAUUGCAUGGACAAGUAACAAAAAAAAAUUUCAUUUCAUUGGACAUCUACAUUAGUUCAGAGCUUUUGAAGUAUCUGUGUUAAAAUGAUCUGCAGGUGAAGAGAUCAAUUCAAAUUAAGAAUUGUAGUCUUGUGAUACUAUUUUUAACAUCAACACCUUUUUGUAUUUAUAUGGUUGUUUUACUCAUGACUUCAAAGUUUAUACAUAUUUUACCUAUGUAUCAAUUAUCAU